AUGCGGCCGAACAGAGGAAGGGGGUCAUCUGGGCCAUGGGGCCGCUUGAAGCCCGUCGACCAGGAUGCUCUUGACAGCAUCGGCCUGCCCUCCAAGGGAGACACAAGGCUUCUCGACUUCAAGGCCCAAGAACGGUACUACAAGAAGAUUGUCGAACGCUACAUGACCUUUUGCUCCGACGCCGGCGAACGCGACGAGCUCCUGCGCCGCUUCGCCUCCCUCGAGCUCCAGACCCCGUCUCCCACGCCCGCGCCCACACCCCGCCGCAUCCCGACGACGCCCACGUCCUCGGCGCCGCCGACGCCCAACAUUCCUGAUACCAAGGGUCUCUCGGACGUCAUGAUGGCCCUGCGCAAGCUGCGCGAGGGCAUCGUGGCCUCGAAGCGCGCCGACGAGUUCGCCGUCCAAGCCUACCUCUUCAACAUCCGCCUCUCCAUCCUCGUCAAGCAUCCCGAGUCCUACCAUCCGGCCAUCCUGCACCUGCUGCGCUUCGUGCACCCCCUGCAGCCGCUCUCGAGCCUCGAGCUGCACGAGGUCCUGGCCUACCUCGUGCUCGACACGGCCUGCCGCCGUAGCGACCUCGCCGAGGCCUACGCCCUGCGCAGGCGGUACAGAUUGAAGGACGGCAAGGUGGAUGCCAUUCUCGGCGCGCUGGCACACGACAAUUACGUCGUCUUUCGCAAGGUCAAGCGCAGCGUCGACGGGCACAAGGCGCGCUUGAUCGAGUUUGCUGAGCCCGCCAUGAGGACGCAUGCGCUCAAGUGCUUUGGCAGAACAUACCUCUCUGUCGAGCGCGAGUUCCUCGAGAGGUGCACGGAUUCCGAGUGGAAAGUCCUCACGGCGCAGGAAGGGGUGGGAUGGGAACUGGAUGGGGAGAAGGUUGUCAUUCGAAAAGUCAAGGGGCGCUAA